CAGCCAGGAAAGAUGGAAUCUGGUGAGAAGAGAGGCCUUAAUGGGUACAGAAACUGGUAGCUCCAAAACCCAUGGGGGGGUCCAGCCCCACCCAGAAUGAUGAGCCAGAAUUUUGUGACCCAGAAGAUGCUCUUGUUCCAGUAUUAUGAUAAUCAAGCAGGGAUUAUAGCUUCUCCCUGAGCUCCACUCAGUCCUAGCUAUGUUCUCACACCCUGCAGGAAGGGAACCAACAAGGAGCCAAUGGAAUCCUUCAGAAGAUAUCCAUGAUCAGGCUCUCCAGGGCUGGUCACCAUCACCUGGCAAACUGCAGAAAUUGCUGCAGAUGCCAGAGUACAGUGUGUUUAGAGGUGCACAAACCUUCGAGAGCAACUUUUUCCAGGUGACCAAAGAUGGCCAAUUCAGUAAUAUCCACAAGCAUCCCAAUGUAGUCACCAUAGGUAUUUUAGCCAGCUGCCCCAAGUUGCUCCUUCCUGACCUGAUGAUUAUUGCCCGAGAAAAACAAGAAACAACGAAUAGAAACCUGAAGUCUAGAGCAUUAGAAAUCACCCGGUUGAUCCCACUGGACCUGGUGGAGAUUUUUGUUCAUGAUGCGAACAAACGGCAGCUGAAAAUGCAGCUGCCCACGGGGGACAAGUAUUACCUGCAACUCUUGGUCAGGGAAGAGAAGGCGGAUUUUCUCUUUGAGUGCUGGUUGCGCCUGAUUUACCUGAUGCGUCUGGCCAGUGGCAAGAUCAAGAAUCCAGAAAAUCUCCCUGGGAAGGAACCCGAGGUUCGCACUUUAUGGAAGAGUAGCCCUUUGCAGGCUAAGCUCACGGAGAGGCCCCCUUCUGGAGAACAGGCUCAGCAUUCAGUUCCUAAACUGAAGAAGGAGUCUGCAGGUAAGGAGUCACCAAAGGUCCUCCAACCCAAGUCGCAGAAGCAGUCUCCUCCCAAAUGGACUUCCGACGGCUUCACCUCCAGGGCACCUGAGCAAACUUCAGCAGCAUAUCAGCUGAAGAAUGUCAGGGAGCCCAACUUUGAGAAAAAGAAGCGCUUUUCAUCAAGAAUAUCAUCUGAAUCUAAUCCCAUCCCAGUCACACUUCAAAAAAGCAAAAAAGAAAUAUGUUUGUUACAAAAGACCAAAAUGGCAUCCCCAUUACAAAAGAACCCUCAAGCCGUGAGGAAUGAGGAUCCUGCUGCUGCAUCAAGGGCGAACAAUCCUGGCCGACCCAAGUCACCUGGACCUCCACCCCAGAGCCAGUCACCACAACAGAAUCAACCUGCAUCCAGAGUUGAACCAAAGGCAUAUUCUAUGUCAGUGGGAACUGGUCCGUCUCAGGCUGUCCAGAGGAAAUCAAAAGUAGAAUCUGAGAAACAAAGCUUUCCAAUUAAUCCUUCUCAUCUAGCCAACCAGAGCCAGAACAGUAAAAGUAAUAAAUGUUUAGGGAACCCAAGCAUGAUUCUGGGGAACAGGCCACAGGCUUUUUCAAACAUUUCCCCAGAAAAGGGACAUCUCACUUCUCAAAAUGACACUGGGCAGCAAGUGCACAGAGUCACAAUGUCAGUAGGCGUGGAGACUUCUCGUGUCAUCUGCCAGACGGUGGCCGUGGGGCCCUCUAAAACAAUUGACACAAAUUUGAGCAACCUUCCCAACAAAUUAUUGAAUGCGAGUAAAUCCCACAAAGAUCAAAGUAAGACCAUAGGAAAAAUGGAAAUGAGCAGAAAGCAGGUGCCUGUAGCCAGAAACAAAGUGAAAACUGCACUAAGCACAGCUAAAGAAAAAACCAGCGUUAAAUUUGUAACCCUCUAUAGCAUCCUGUCCUCUUCAUUGGAGAGGCUGAAGAAAUCAAGCAAGGAUGGUACUAAGCGCAUGACUCCCAAAACUUCCAAACAUGUCACAAUCUCCGGGGUGAUUGCCAAAUCAAGAAAAAGUAUUGUGCUGCAGGAGGAGAAGACUGGCAAGACUGUAGGUGUUGGCACCUCCAACGUUGUAGGGCUCAUCUCCAAGGAAGCCGCUUGUGUGGUGGCGAAGAAAGAUUAUCCUCCAUCUUCCCAGCCCCAAAAAUCAUUGAGCAAAGAUGCCAUUAAGCCCCAGACUCCUUUGGCUAGAGCGGGCCUUUUGGAAACAGAUGAAGCCACAAAAUUAGGCUAUCCAAUUGCUGCCAAGGAGCCUGGUGUGACCAGCAUCACUUCCCAAGCACCACACAAGAAUACAGGUGUGGAAUAAUGUAGCGUCCCAGGCUUGGAGAAUUGAGAGGCUUCUAAAAAGACUUUGCCUGCAACCAAAAUAGCUGAGAAUCCUAGGAAUGUUGCUACUACCCCUCUGCAAUCACAGAAGAAACCCCCAUAAAUGAAAUUACUCCAACCAAAAUUCAUCCUCCAAUCUCCAUAAUCCAGAAAAGCACCAAGGAAAACCUAAGGGACUGGUUUUUCCAAGAAUGUCGAAAUCUGUAAGCAUGGGCUGUUCAGCCAUAAGCAAAGUCACUGUGGUAGCUGUUCCUGCCAUCUGAGAAAACCACAGCAAACUCUCUGCGGUUCCUGGUGCUCCCAUCAAAACCAGGGUUUCAAAAAGUAUGGGUUACUCUGUAAAAAAAACCCAAAACUUAAAAUGCUGGGCGUGGGGCACUCUGUGAUGGGCAUAUUUGCUGAAACAAUUAACUCUCUUGAGCCAGUUAGCAG